CUCUCCCCCCUAGGCCACGCCCCCCUCCGCCCCGCCCUCCGCCCCCCAGCCCCGCUGGGAGUGUCCGGGGGCCGCGCCCAGCUGGGUCGGGACGCGCGCCCUGAGCUGCCCGAGCUCCGCGGGGACUCGGGCCGGGAUCCUCGGGCGGCUGCAGCGGCCGGGGCCGGGGCCGGGAGCGGGCCAUGAUGGGCCGGCGGCGCGCCUUCGCCGUGGACGGCCGGGAUGGGGCUGGCGAGGGCCUGGCACGGGGCUGCAUAGUGCCUGGAGUCACCAGCACCUACAGACGGAUCCCUGACGCUGCCCACGGGAGCUCAUCCUGGGAGAGAGGUGACAAGCUCAGAGUCAGCAGGGAGGCACUGUUUCUCAAACUGUCCUCCCGGGACUCAGGAGUGGAGAUGGCAGUUGGGGACAGCCCCCUGGCCGCCUUACCGGGCCUUUCUCAGGACUCCCUGGACUUUGAAUCCUCAGGGAGUCCUGAGCCCCCGGGCCAGGUGGGCCGGCUCCUGGCCAGCCAGAAGCUGGGGCAGGUGCUGGAGCGCUCCCUCCGGCUCCCAACAGCUCCCGCCAGCUUGUCAGGACAACACCACUCCCAGCGGCCGGCGAGCAAGCCUGAGCAUGAAGUGCCCCUUUUUGGAGCAGGAGAACAGGAGUCCAUGGAGGCAGACACAGACCUAGAGGCAGGCCUGGAAGAAGAGGCGGUGGGGGGCCUGGGGCCUGGAGCCUGGGCCUGCCUCCCGGGGCAGGGUCUUCGCUAUCUGGAACACCUGUGCCUGGUGCUGGAGCAGAUGGCAAGGCUCCAGCAGCUCUACCUGCAGUUGCGGAUCCAGAGGCCCCCAGGGGAUCCCAGCGAGGAGGAGUCGACCCGAGCCCCUUUACCAUCCCCCUUACAAGCCCCAGGCAAUGGGGGGCAGCGGCCAUGGGAGCUGCUAAGCCAGAUAGAGCAGACAGGGGCAAAGGCUGCUUCACUCCCAAAGGUGGAGGUGCCCAGUGCCAACCUUCCCAGGCUGCCAGAAACCCCAGUGGAGCCAACAUACCACUUGCCAUCCUCCCAAGGACACAAGCGGGAUAUCUCCCACUGGGACAAGGUCAAGGUCCUGCUCAACCGGAUCUGCCGGAGAAGCCACCACCACCCUGAGCCCCCUGCCCCUCCUGAUGGCUCUGACCCCAGGAUCGAGUCCAGGGACCUCCCUGAAAGGCCUCAGUGCCGCCCCCACCGGAAGACCUUUAUGCCGUCAUUAGUGAUUAAGAAGCAACGCAAAAAGCCUUUCUGUAGGCUGAGACCUCUCGGUGCACCUGGUGACCCUGGGUGGAGGGGACUUGCUGUGAAGUCUUCCUCGCCCUUUGCCCGCUUGCUGCUUCUCCACAUUGCCAGGAAAAGCUGCUGACGCCUGCCCUCCUCUCUUGAGUUGAGGGCUGAAUCUUUCUCCUCUAAGCAGUCUGGUCAGGAGCCCUGGUUUGUUGAGAGGUCCCCAAGAUGCAGCAGCUCCAGGGCUCUUCCUCCUCACCAGAAAUCCCUGGGCUUCCACAAUGUGAACUCACUCAUUAUCAGGUGUCCGUGGAGUGUUUUUGGCACGGUGACCUGUCUGGGCCCAGCAUGUUGCAGAUGUGUAUUUAUGCGCAAUGGUAUGCAUAUCUCUGUGUGACUGUCAGUGUUGCAAGCUGGCUGGAUCCAACCAUCUCUUCUGAAAUAAUGCAUCCAAAGGGUUGAUAUUCUGGGGGAGGUCACUGCAGAAGGAUGGAACUGACCUUUAUUCCCCAGUGGGCAGUGACUGAGCUUUCCUCCUCAGAGCCAUGCUGGCAGCCCUGGGACAGAGAACGGUGUGGCUUUGGCUGUCUCUGCAUGGAAUCUUGCCCCAGACUCCUGAAAACUGCACCAGGAAUGAGGAAGAUCAGGGACAACCUGGGAACUGAAUAACUUUCAAAGCCAGUGCUCAGCUUCUCUGCUCUGUACUAGCGUUUACAGGUCCUAACUCAAACCAGAUGCCUGUACUAGUUUUUAGACCCUAAGUCAACCUUUCUGAGCCACAGCUUCCUGCUGGGAAUAUUGACGCCUGCCCUACCUACCUCACAGACUUGUUAUGAGGAUAAAGUGAGAUUAAACUGCC